CCCCCCCCCCCCCCUUCUCCUCCUCCUCACCCUCUUCUUGCUCUUUAUUUCUCUCGCUCUCUCUCUCUCUCUCUCUCUCUCUCUCUCUCUCUCUCUGCGCUAUCAAAUUAGUAAAUAAUCAUGCAACAUGCAAUUCCUUACAGAACAUGGGUUCUGGAUAACCCGGCAACCCAUCGGAAUGCCCCGGAAACCGACCCGACCGAUGGACCGUCUUCGUCCGCCGUAAUUGGUGGUGGCGAUGCAAGAAGCGUUCAGAGAAUGGUGUCAGAGAAUGCUGUGGUAGUGUUUGGAAAAAGCGGGUGCUGCAUGUGCCACGUGGUCAAGCGGUUGUUGUUGGGUCACGGUGUGAACCCGGCGGUUUUCGAGGUCGACGAGGUCGGUGAAGCCAACGUUGUCGACCAGCUGUCGGAUAUCACCGGAGGAGAAGCCAAAGAAGACGGUCGCUUUCAGUUUCCGGUGGUGUUUGUCGGCGGGAAGGUGUUUGGUGGGUUAGAAAGUGUUAUGGCUAGUCAUAUUUCAGGUGAAUUGGUACCCAUAUUGAAACAAGCUGGAGCUUUGUGGCUUUGAUUGAUUUUUCCAUUAUGUUAUAUAUAGUUCAAAUAAUUUUGUUUUCUUUUUUUUUUUGUUAUUAUUAUUAAUUUUCUUUUCCUGAUUGUAUGGAUGAUCAGAUUUUCCUUUUCAAUAAUUUUUGAAGAGAGGACAAAUCAGCAAAACUUUAAAAUUAA